CCUUUCUUCCAAACAAACCUUACACAAAUAUCUGCUUCUUUCUCUCUGACUCUGAUCCAAAAACUUUGAAUAAAAAAAAUUAAUGAAAAAAUUGUAACUAUGGGUGAGGAAGUGAGGAUGAGUGUAUACGAAGCUAACGGCGUUAACGGUGACGAUGAGAAUAGAGUUAUGGAUUGGGAGCGUGGCUUACCUUCAGCCGACGACCUAACACCGUUAUCUCAACUGUUAAUACCGCCUGAACUCGCUUCAGCUUUCAGUAUCUCACCGGAACCUCACCGAACAAUUCUUGAGGUCAACCGUGAAUCGAAUAACACUCUCUUGAAUCUCGGUUCCACCGCCGCCGCCGGCGGAGGCGAUUUAUCUUCGAAUAAAUUCAAAUCGUACAACGAUAAAAUCAACGACGAUGAGGUUGAAGACGUUGACGAUGACCAGACACGUGAUCCGGCGACGGUGGAGGAAUCGGAGAAGCUACGGAGGAUUGACUCCGAGGAAGCGGAUUCCGUGUUGAGACCGGAGAAUUUUUCCGGAGGAGGCGGCGGCGGCGGAGGAGAAGAAGAUCAGGCGGCGAGGGCUUUAAAACGGCCGCGUUUAGUGUGGACGCCGCAGUUGCAUAAGAGAUUUGUGGAUGUGGUGGCGUAUUUAGGAAUUAAAAACGCCGUGCCGAAGACGAUUAUGCAGUUAAUGAACGUUGAAGGAUUAACUCGGGAGAAUGUGGCGAGUCAUUUGCAGAAAUAUCGGCUGUACUUAAAGAGAAUGCAAGGCUUUUCUAAUGAAGGACCUUCUGCUACUGAUCAUCAAUUGUUUGCUUCUACUCCGGUACCGGAAAGUUUGCACGAAAACGGCAAUAGUAAUGGUGAAGGCGGACGGAACCGCGACGCCAACGGCGGAAAUGGAAACGGAAACGGAAAUGAACACCAUGCCGGGAUGGCGGUUUCGGUUCCGGUUUCAGUUCCGGUCCCGUAUCAUCCCGGAAAUGGGAAUGGACACCGCGGCGGAAUGGCGGUUUCGGUACCGGUACCGGUCCCUGUUCCGAUUCCGUAUCAUCCCGGAAUGGGGAGUCAUAUGAUGACAAUGCCUAUGUAUGGGCAUAUGGGUAUGCAAAUGGGAAAUGGAAGCAAUCAUAAUCAGUACAAUAUGUUGCAUCAGCAGCAGCAGAGAGAUUGGAAUGGGAAUAAUUAUCAGCAUCAUAUGUGAUGUUAUAGUUUUGACAUGGAUUAUUGGUAAAAAGAUGGAGAUUCUGAAGUUUGAUCAAAAUUCUUAUACAUUUAAACAUUGGAUGGAUGAACAACUUGGGUUGGCAAAAAUGUGGUGGCAGUUCAGAGUCAUUUCCAAUGUUGAUGAGGUUUUGCAUGAGUCAUGAUGCUUGCACGAAUCCUUCUCUCCGUAUAUAUGUAUCUUGUUUUUGUUAUUUUAGGGAAGCAACAGGAACAAAACAUAAUAGUAACUCCAGAUAAUGACAAAGUCAUGUCUUAAUUCUUAACCUAUUCUUUAAUCUGAAAAUGUUAAAUAAAUUGCUGUUCAGUACUCAAAAAGUGAAUAAAAGGUCAUGAGUUACGGUUCGUA